GAGUUACUGCCCAAAUCAAAACAAACCAUGGAAAGUAGCGCGCGAGAUUGGAGGGAAGAGCAAUGAGCUCGUUGAAGCACCUGCGGAGGCUCGUCAACGGCGUUUCUCUCAUCGGCAAGGAGAUCGCCAAGAGCUCAGAAGUGAUCGAGAGUGCCCGGAAGGGUGAUCUUCAAACCCUAGUCUCAUCCUCUCUCAAGAAAGUCCUAGUCUCCGCCACCGAUUUUUCAGGCCUCACUAAAGGAAAGGUUCGCGAGUUCUCGAGCCCUAGGUCCAAAGAAUCCGUCGUUUACUUCAAUGAUGAUGGUAACAUUGGCAAGGAUUUGGAUUCCGCCACUGCCGCAGCUGCUGCGCCGCUGCAGAGCCCAGGUCAAGUACAGCUCCCAAUUAGUGGCGACAUUGAUAAUGAAGAGAGUGAUGGCGGUGAUGGAUUAAUAGUGGAGGAGAGGGUUGAGAAUGUUGAUCGAAGGAUUGGUUUGUCAGGUAAUUUCGAAAAAGAUGGUUUGGUGAGAGAAAAUCAUCCCAAUUCGGAGGAUAGGGGCAAUGGUGGUGGUAGCGAACCUGAGGCGGUGCCACCGGUAGUGACCAGGAAAAGGCGGAAGCCCAGGGAAGUUAAAGUGCCAGCUACCCCAUUUUCAAGAGCAUUGGGCUUUGCUGCUCUAGGAGCUGGGCUGGCAUGGGGAACUGUUCAGGAGUCUGCGAAGAGGCUUGUAUUUGGUCCAUCAAAAUCACAUGAUAAGCAAUCUGCUGUUUCCCCAUUCUUAUCUGAUGAGAAUGCAGAACGAUUGGCCUUUGCACUAUGUAAAAUGCGUGGAGCAGCACUUAAGAUAGGGCAGAUGUUGAGCAUCCAAGAUGAAUCUCUUGUCCCUGCUCCGAUCUUGGCUGCUUUAGAUAUUGUGCGUCAAGGUGCAGAUGUGAUGCCAAGGAAACAACUUAAUCAAGUUUUGGAGGCUGAACUAGGUCAUGAUUGGCCAUCAAAGUUGUCUAGCUUUGAUUAUGAACCCAUGGCCGCUGCAAGCAUAGGCCAGGUUCACCGAGCUGUCACAAAGGAUGGAAUGCAUGUUGCAAUGAAAAUUCAGUACCCUGGUGUGGCAGAUAGCAUAGAAAGUGACAUUCAGAAUGUGAAACUUCUUUUGGAUUACACAAAUCUAAUUCCAGAAGGACUUUAUCUUGACAGAGCUAUGAAGGUGGCAGAAAAAGAAUUGUCUCGUGAAUGUGACUAUGAGUUGGAAGCAGCCAAUCAGAAACAGUUCCGAGAUCUGCUGUCCAAUGCAAAUGCAGAAGGAUUUUAUGUUCCACUAGUUGUGGAUGAUCUUUCAAGCAAAAGAGUUUUAACCACAGAACUUGUUUCUGGAAUUCCAAUUGAUAAGGUUGCAUUACUGGACCAGGACACUCGUAAUUUUGUUGGGAGGAAGUUGCUGGAACUCACUGUAAUGGAGCUUUUUGUCUUCCGCUUCAUGCAGACUGACCCUAAUUGGAGUAAUUUCUUAUACGAUGAAGCUACAACAACAAUGAAUCUCAUUGACUUUGGGGCAGCUCGGGAAUACCCCAAACGAUUUGUUAAUGACUACUUAAGAAUGGUUGUUGCUUGUGCAAACGCUGAUCGAGAUGCAGUUAUUGAGAUGUCAAAAAGACUUGGGUUUCUAACAGGAAUGGAAUCAGAGAUAAUGAUCGAUGCCCAUGUUCAAGCUGGUUUGGUUGUGGGAUUGCCAUUCUCAAAGCCUGGUGGCUAUGACUUCCGCACUGCCAACAUUACUCAAAGCAUUUCAAACCUUGGAGCGACAAUGUUGAGGCACAGGCUCACCCCACCACCUGAUGAGGCAUACAGCCUUCAUAGGAAACUUUCAGGUGCUUUCCUGGCGUGCAUUAAGCUUGGGGCUGUUGUACCAUGUAGAGAACAAUUAUUGGAAGUCUAUGAGCGCUAUCAAUUUGGUGAAGAUGACCCAGAGAUCUUACCAAAUGCGCCAAUUUCUUGAUACUUAACAAGUUUCUUUUCCUUUUGGUUUCUUCACUUCGAUUGAUUCUAGAACCUGAGCAAUAAUUUGGGGAUGCAAUUGUCCAUCUCAUCAUAGGGAAAAUUUCUUAUUGCCUCGGUUUCAAUUUAGUUGUUUUAGAUUGAUUAUGCAUACAUUUUACAUGAUAAUUUUAUAUAGUAUAUAAAUAGUAAUUAAUUUU